CACUGCGGCAACGCUCCUGGGUCCCCGCGGAGCGCAGCCGAGCUGGGGCGGGACGCUUGGCGGCGGCGAGGGGGCCAACCCGGCGAGCCCCGCUCCGAGGUUGAUCUUUGCGCCCAAGGAUCGGUCUUGGAUCCCCAGAGUGCGACGUGCACAUCCACAUAACCUGAGGACCAUGGACACGGAUGAAGGUCAAGACAUGUCCCAAGUUUCAGGGAAGGAAAGCCCUCCGGUGAGUGACACCCCCGACGACAGUGAUGAACCCAUGCCCGUCCCCGAAGACCUCUCCACCACGUCCGGAGGCCAGCAGAGCUCUAAGGGUGACAGAGGCCUGGUUGCUUAUGGGGCUGACGGCUUUAGGGAUUUUCAUGCAAUAAUUCCCAAUUCUUUCUCUCCCGGUAAUGUUAAAGUAGAGACUCAGAGUGAUGAAGAGAAUGGGCGUGCCUGUGAAGUGAAUGGGGAAGAGUGUGCGGAGGACUUGCGGAUGCUCGAUGCCUCCGGAGAGAAAAUGAAUGGCUCCCACAGUGUCCAAGGCAGCAAAGCUUUGUCAGGAGCUGGAGGCAUUCGACUUCCUAACGGCAAACUAAAGUGUGAUGUCUGUGGGAUAAUUUGCAUCGGUCCCAAUGUGCUCAUGGUCCACAAGAGAAGCCACACUGGAGAGCGGCCUUUCCAGUGCAACCAGUGCGGGGCCUCCUUCACGCAGAAAGGCAACCUGCUCCGGCACAUCAAGCUGCAUUCGGGCGAGAAGCCCUUCAAGUGCCACCUCUGCAACUACGCGUGUCGCCGGCGGGACGCCCUCACCGGCCACCUGAGGACGCACUCCGUUGGUAAGCCUCACAAAUGUGGAUAUUGUGGCCGAAGCUAUAAACAGCGAAGCUCUUUAGAGGAACACAAAGAGCGUUGCCACAACUACUUGCAAAGCAUGGGCCUUCCAGGCACGCUGUACCCAGUCAUUAAAGAAGAAACUAAUCACAGUGAAAUGGCAGAAGAUCUGUGCAAGAUGGGAUCGGAGCGCUCACUCGUGCUGGACAGACUAGCAAGUAACGUCGCCAAACGUAAGAGCUCUAUGCCUCAGAAAUUUGUUGGGGACAAGUGCCUGUCGGACCUGCCCUACGACGGCAGCGCCAGCUACGAGAAGGAGAACGAGAUGAUGCAGACGCACGUGAUGGACCAGGCCAUCAACAACGCCAUCAGCUACCUGGGGGCCGAGUCCCUGCGCCCCCUGGUGCAGACGCCCCCAGGCAGCUCCGACGUGGUCCCGGUGCUCAGCCCCAUGUACCAGCUCCACAAGCCUCACGCCGAGGGCCCCACGCGCUCCAACCACUCGGCCCAGGACGGCGCCGUGGAGAACCUGCUGCUUCUCUCCAAGGCCAAGUCCGCGUCCUCCGAGCGGGAGGCGUCCCCAAGCAACAGCUGCCAAGACUCCACGGACACCGAGAGCAACACGGAGGAGCAGCGGGGCGGCCUCAUCUACCUGACCAACCACAUCACCCCCCAUGUGCGCAAUGGCCUGUCCAUCAAAGAGGAGCACGCGGCCUACGACGUGCUGCGCGCGGCCUCCGAGGGCCCCGCGGACGCGCUGCGCGUGAUCGGCACGAGCGGGGAGCCCCUCAAGGUGUACAGGUGCGAACACUGCCGGGUGCUCUUCCUGGACCACGUCAUGUACACCAUCCACAUGGGCUGCCACGGCUUCCGCGAUCCUUUCGAGUGUAACAUGUGCGGCUACCACAGCCAGGACCGCUACGAGUUCUCCUCCCACAUCACGCGGGGGGAGCACCGCUUCCACAUGAGCUAA